CACCAUAAAUCCGGCUUUCUAUUCAAUAAAAUAACCCUACCUUCAAUUCAUGCUCAAUGAUUCAUUCAUGGUGUUCCCACUCUGACAUCUCUUCAAUGGAGGAACAAGCACACAUCUUAUUGGGAGGUAAAUACGAGAAAGGGAGGCUCAUCGGAACAGGUACCUUCGCUAAGGUUUAUUAUGCCAGGGAGAUCUCCACCGGCGACAGUGUCGCCAUUAAAGUCAUCAAUAAGGAUCAAGUCAAAGAUCAAGGAAUGGUUGAACAGAUCCAAAGAGAGAUCUCUGCCACUCGCCUUGUUCGUCAUCCCAAUAUCGUCCAACUACGUGAGGUUUUAGCUACUAAAUCUAAGAUCUAUUAUGUCAUGGAGUAUGUCUCCGGUGGUGAGCUCUUUGCCAAGGUUGCUAAUGGCGGACGACUCAAGGAAGACGUGGCUCGCAAGUAUUUCCAGCAGCUUAUCAGCGCCGUUGAUUUCUGUCAUAGCCGCGGCGUCUCUCACCGUGAUAUCAAACCGGAAAACUUGCUUCUUAACGGUAACGAUGAUUUGAAGAUCACGGAUUUUGGAUUCUCCGCCCUGCCCGAGCAGAAACGUUACGACGGACUUCUGCACACACAGUGUGGGACCCCUGCCUACGUCGCACCGGAGGUCUUGAGGAAGAAGGGGUAUGACGGUGCCAAAGCCGAUAUUUGGUCAUGCGGCGUUGUUUUGUAUGUGCUAUUAGCCGGAUUCUUGCCGUUUCAGGAUGAGAAUCUAAUGAAUCUGUACCGGAAAAUCUUCAAGGCGGAGUAUGAGUUUCCGCCGUGGUUCUCACCGGAAACUCGAAAAUUGAUCUCGAAGCUUCUGAUGGCGGAUCCUGAGCGACGAAUCUCGAUUCAAGGAAUAAUGCGCGUGCCAUGGUACCGGCGAGGUCUCUGCCGGCAGAACUCGUUCCGAUUAAAGAAAGAAGGAAUUUCACCACCAGAUCCGGCGCCUGGAUCGUUGAAAAAAUCAACAUCGUCGCCGGCGUUCUUCAACGCGUUUGAACUGAUUUCAUCUAUGUCGUCUGGUUUUGACCUAUCAACUUUGUUCGAAAGCAAGGAGAAGAAGAAGGUGGCUUCGAUAUUCACGUCGAAGUUUUCAGCGGCGGCGAUCGUGGAGAGGAUAGAGGCGGCGGCCCGGGGGCUACGGUUUAGGGUGGAGAGGGAGGAGGAUUUCAAGGUGAGAAUGGAAGGGACGGAGGAAGGACGGAAGGGAGCGUUGGCUGUGACAGCGGAGGUGUUUGAGAUGGCGGCGGAGAUGACGGUGGUGGAAUUUUCGAAGGAUUCCGGCGACACACUGGAAUACGAGAAGUUUUGUGAGGAAGACGUUAGACCGGCGUUGAAGGAUAUCGUGUGGACGUGGCAAGGCGAUGACGGAAGUUCUAACGGCGACGGUGAAGUUAACGUUAACGUUAACGUUGACUCCGAUUAAUUAUUAUUUUGUAAAACAUCAUAAAUUCUUGAUUUUGCUAAUUGCUGAUUUACAAAA